UUCGCGGAGCGGUGACACCAACAUUCCUUGGCUGCGCUGAGUCACAGGGAGGACGGACAGACAGACACACCACCGGGGCUGCAGGCACCCAGGGACACCUGCAGGGUGAGCACCAGCUGCGGAGCAUCCUGUCCCCUCCGUGCCAGCCAUGUCCCUGGUGGCCAAGGAGAAGAACCACGUCCGCUUGGUUUUCUUGGGAGCUGCCGGCGUGGGCAAGACCUCUCUGAUCCGGCGCUUCCUGCUGGACACCUUCGAGCCCAAGCACCGGCGCACGGUGGAGGAGCUGCACAGCCAGGAGUACGAGGUGAGCGGGGCCACGGUCAAGGUGGAGAUCCUGGACACCAGCGGCAGCUACUCCUUCCCGGCCAUGAGGAAGCUCUCCAUCCAGAACAGCGACGCCUUCGCCCUGGUCUACGCCGUGGACGACGCCGAGUCCUUCGAGAGCGUCAAGAGCCUGCGGGAGGAGAUCCUGGAGGUGAAGGAGGACAAGUUCCCUCCCAUCGUGGUGGUGGGCAACAAGGCGGAGAGCGGCGGCGAGCGGCGCGUGCCCCUGGAGGAGGCGCUGGCGCUGGUGGAGCUGGACUGGAACGGGCGCUUCGUGGAGGCGUCGGCCAAGGACAACCAGAACGUGCUGGAGGUGUUCAGGGAGCUGCUGCAGCAGGCCAACCUGCCCAGCCGGCUCAGCCCCGCGCUCUGCAAGAGGAGGGAGACGCUGCCCAAGGAGCAGGCGCUCCGGCCGCCCAUGAACAAGACCAACAGCUGCUCCGUGUGCUGAGCCGCUGCCCCGGGGCUGGCACCGCCUGCAAACUCAGGUGGGCUGGGUGGGAGAG